AUGUGGAAGUCCGCUGUUCCAUGGUUAGCUGUUCUUGCCAGCUCCGUGGUGAUCCUAGUCCAACGGACAACUAUCACAAAUUUGCAGAGGCAAUUAUCCAACUCAAUUCGAUCAAAACGCUCGACAGAAGCGCAGAAUGGCUUAUUUCUGCCUGUUUACGCACAGAUUUCGCGGAAGGCCAUGCAUCGUAUGUGCUUACAAAAACGAUAUACUAUGUUGGAGCUGGAGCAAGAAAUCGAGAAAACAACGAAAACUGCGCCGUCGUCACCAGUUCCGCGUAAAACGCAACGAUCACGCAUGCGGUCGGAACGAAAACGAUGCUCCAGUGAAGUAAAGUUGUCGGAACCUGUUGUGGUUGGCAUACGGCCAAAUUCCAUGGGUGCAGCUUUGCGAGACAGACAUACAUAUUACGUCACGGAAUUUGAUCUUGGCUACAGUAUGCUUGUGUUCCCCAGUGCUCGUUCGCUUAAUCAUUCGGAACCGAAGUCAAUAAUUACAUUACCGUAUCCGUUCCAUGGCACUGAUAAUACGGUAUUUAAUGGCACGGCAUAUUAUAACUACAACGAUAUGCUUAUAGCAUACAACGUAAAGACCGGAGAUACCAAGGAACUGCAACUGAAUAUCAGCACGGAUAUGCUUUACAAUAAUUCGAACUCUCGAAUGGAUGUGCAAGCAGACGAACACGGAAUCUGGAUGUUAUAUCGUCGGAAAGGAGAGGAUUACCUAACAGCAAGCCGUAUACAACCGUUCAGCUUGAAGGUUUUGUCCAGCUGGUCCCUACCAGCAGUGCUUCCGUCACGAUUUUGCAACGCAAUCGUACGGUGUGGGUUGCUGUACACCGUGGAAUGUGACGUCGACAAUGUGACUGUGUCCGCAAUCUACGAUUUCUACGCUCACAUCUUCUAUCCGCAGAUCAUAUCGAUUUUAUCGAUCCUAUUGAUUAAUGGAGAUGCACAAGUACGAUUUGAAGAUUAUCAAUGUGGAACAGACGUGGCGUCGAGAUUCUCGUCCUAUUUGGUGACGUCACAGUGCGAUCAGGCCGGCAUCAACCUCUGCUGCCUGCGACACGAUAAAAGUUACGAAGCCUGUGUCGUUCCUCAAGUUUAUUGUGACAUGGAAUUUUGUCAAUGUAUAUUUGCUCUGAAUGCGAAUUUGUACUGUAGAAAUAUUGUUUAUGCAACACAUUGUAACUUGGUGCAAUGGCUAGGAGAUAAGCACAUUUGCCCUGCUAUGGCUCAACCGCUCUUUGGAUGA